AUGAUUCAUGUCACGAUCUCAAUGCUUCUCAGAACGUUAGGCGUCAUAAGCACCAGCAUCGGCUGCUCCACGUCAACUGUCACAAACAGCCUGUUACUCGCUGAAGUUGCCAAGCAGCUAUCCCUACCAGCAUCGACAUGGUCAGCGAGCGGCACCCACACGGCGAAGGGAUACACCAGUAAAUCGGCAGAGACAGCCUCUGUGGAGGGGUUGAAGCAGGACCGCGACAAUAUUAACUUCAACAAGAAGUUGGCCGUCGACUUUCGCAGCGAUGUUUUUGGUCCCGGGGUUAUGGGUUUCUUCUACAAGUGCGAGAAGGUUAGCGAUGAUACCAACAACUACUGGUUCACCAUCAGUGCUGGCAACAAGACUCAAGUCGACAAGCUUUGUGAUCCUGGUACCACCACCUAUCCCAUUGUCUAUGAUCAGCAGCAUGAUACUUGGUUCAUGGAUGAGCAUUUUGACUGUGCUCGACGAACUAACCCGACAGACUUCUUUGAAGUACAUCAAGAAUAG